GGGUAAGGUGCCUCAAAGCCCGUGGAGUACUACAUAAGGCGUCCCUGGUAGGUACGUGCUUCAGCGUCUAGUAGAAGUACAGAGUAUCUUACGUAACUCAAUGUACCUUCAGUAGGUGCUUACAAGUAGCGAUGGGUAAGAACCUAAGGUAAGGUAGUCCUCUAUCCUCCAUGUCUUAGGUAGACCAUACCUACAGGUGUCGGUCAAACCGAGAAGGGCAUGUCAACUCUUUCAUAGGCAACUAGUAGCAGCAACCUGGAAUCCUGACCUCUUCCAAUUUUGAUUAUCAACCACUCUUUCGAGCGCAUUGAUGAUCUCGGCCGGCUCACUUAGCGUUGCUCAUCAUGGUCUCUGCUCCGCCGCCUUCCUUGAGACCACUGCCAAGCAGAGAUGUGUCCAGUUCUAGUAUCGGCAGUAUGCCUCAGUCACCCUCAACCACAUCAUCGGCGAGGGCGCUGAACCCCAUCUCAUCCAAGGUGACUACUGUUCUUUCGACAUCGUAUGCCGAUUCCGAAUUCCGGGAUGCCUUGCAAUUGCUCGACAGCCGCGACCUCAAGAAUACGCCCGAGACACGCCGUCAGUUACGGUUGGGCCUGCAGAAGGAGGUAAUUGACAGCAAUGGGGAAAUUGUCUCCCAGUUUGGCCGAGUCGCUGAUCAAUUGCGUCGCAUAGGGGCUACCCUGGACAAGUUAAAUCACAACUAUCAAGAUGUGAGGGGUCGGAUUACUGCAGCUCAACAAGAGACGGGACCUAUCCUGGAAGAGGCUUCAUCGUUGAUGAAGCAGAGAGCAGACGUGGAAACUAAACAGCAACUUCUCAAGACGUUACGCAGUCACUUUAUUCUUUCUGAUGAUGAGGUCGUCUCUCUGACAUCAACCGCCGAGCCCGUUGACGACAAAUACUUCGCUGCUCUUUACAAAGCAAAACGAGUCAGCCAGGAUUGCGAGAUUCUACUCGGAUUUGAGAAGCAGACGCUGGGCCUGCAACUUAUGGAGCAGACGUCCAAGAAUCUCGGUCUUGCCUUUCAAAAGUUGUACAAAUGGGUACAGCGGGAAUUCAGAACACUGAACCUCGAGAACCCCCAGAUGAACUCGUCAAUCCGUCGCGCCAUUAGAGUCCUUGCAGAGCGACCAUCGCUCUUCCAGAAUUGCCUAGACUUCUUUGCGGAAGCUAGAGAACGCAUACUAUCCGACUCUUUUCAUGUUGCCUUGACAGGCACAACGACCGCAGGUCUCGAGGACCACUCGGUUAAGCCUAUUGAGAUGGCUGCUCACGAUCCGCUUCGUUAUGUAGGCGACAUGCUUGCCUGGAUACACUCGGCCACUGUCAGCGAGAGAGAGGCUCUGGAAAUACUCUUCGUCUCAGAGGGCGACGAAAUUGCCAAGGGACUCCAGACAGGCCGGGCUAAUGAGCUCUGGCAGCUUCUGGGCGAAGGUGACGCUGAGACAGCACCCGACUUUGAUGCUCUCAAGGCGCUGAACGACCUUGUGGACCGAGAUGUCUCAGGGGCGACGAGAAUGCUGAGGCAGAGGGUCGAGCAGGUCAUUCAGUCCAAUGAAGAGACUAUUCUCGCCUACAAGUUGGCGAAUAUUCUUGGCUUCUAUCGAUACACCUUUGCCAAACUUUUGGGCAACGAGUGUGCGCUGUUAGAGCUUAUGGCGGGACUUGAGUCGGGCGCAUUAAGACAGUUCCGAUCGCUCAUGAGGGAUCAUAUUGCAACGCUGCAAGGCGAUUUCCAGCAGACGCCUUCGGAUCUUGUCCCUCCAGACUUUUUGCUCGAAGCGCUGAAGCAGCUUACUGCGGUCAUGAAAACGUACGAGAUUUCGCUGGCGUCGUCAUCGGACCGCGAGACCGACUUCCAACCGAUUCUUGCAGAGGCCUUUGAGCCUUUCUUGGCAGGUUGCGAAAAUAUGGCUAAAGGUGUAAGACAACCGGCUGGUGCCAUCUUCAUAACCAACUGCUUGCUUGCAGCAAAGCAUACUCUCGAGACUUUCGACUUUACUCAAAGAAGAACACAGCGGCUGCAGGAGAGGGUUGAAGAGGAGAGUAAGAAGCUCACGGAAGAGCAAUACCAGUUCUUUCGUCGUGGCUCUGGUCUGGCGCAGAUUCUUGAAUCCUUGAGCAAUCUUACAACGGAUGCCAGCGACGUGAAGAAGGUAGCCUCGCUUGAGGAGGUACAGCCGCCAGCUCUGAGUCGAGCUAGUCAGUCCCUCGACGACUUCCUACCAUCGGCGUUGAUGGACGCCAUGGAGAAUGUGAAGCGUCUGCAAGAUUCAAGUCUAGCGCGAGACCUUACGGAGAAGGCUGCGGAAAGAUUCUGCAACGAGUUUGAGCACGUCGAGCAGAUGUUGCUCUUGGCGGACGAGCUGUCAGCCGGUGACGGUGCGCCGGCUGAUGAGGGUGACGAGCCUCAGUUGCUGCGAGACCUAUUCCCUCGAACGACGGGAGAGAUCAGGGUCCUACUGUCUUAAAGAGAACGUGAUGGGGGAGCCGAGGGUGCCUGGCCAAUGAUAUGGCAUUUACGAGGCCCAAGUCGAAGCGAUGCCAAUGGUACCGCAGUAAUACAAUGCCUUGUCUGCCUUACCUUGCGUCGCCCUGGACAGGCAAGUUGGCUCAGCCAAUCCCUAAAUUUCUUGAUCGAAAGAUAUCUUGUCUGAUCAGAUCUGUCUUCGACUGAAUUUAAGGCUUUGGCGGGGACUGUGUGACAGGCAGACUAAUAGCAAAUAGCUAAAGCCAAAGGGUGGGUAUUCUACUCCUUCAAUACACAGCCGUCCCCGCGCGUUGCUGUGGCCCAGCGUUGUGUAUCCGUACGGACUAUGUGCUUCGAAAGUAUGCUUUGUGACUUAUCGCCUAC